AUGCUCCUUAGUUACGACUUUCCAAACCUCCCGGGCGCACGCAAGCGGCACCAGCCUCGCGCUUCGGUAGCUCGUGCUUGGCUCGCUUACAAGUCGAGGCUUAACGUUAUUAGUAGUCCUGCUUUACGACCAGUCCGAAGUCUUGCCGGUGAUGACGACACCUCGGGUUCGGGCGACAUCGACGCGCUCGCCCGAAUGCUCAGCCAACAGGCUGCUAAGCUUCGUGCAUCGAUCGGUGACGAAGAACUACGCAAGAGCUACGACGGCUUUGACGAUGUGACAAGAAGUGGCGUGUUCGGUCUGCAGUCUCAGCAGCUGGAGGAGCGUGUGUUUCGGGAGAUUGGUCCAGGCUUCUUUGACUCGGCCGAUUUCGAGGUGCUGCAGCUGCUGGGUAGGAUCAGUGUCAUGCGGGACAUCGGGGGCCACACCGAGGGGCUCACCGCCGUCAUCGCGUACGCGGCACGCUUCCUGCCCCGCCUGCCCAUGCAGCGGCCGCUGACCGUGCUACUCAAGGAGUACCUUCCAGUGGCCCGCGCAGUGGCUUUCAACGAGCUGCUCGUCCUUUCCAAACUCUGCGAUCUGCCUCAGGACCAGUACGUGGCCGCCAACCGCCCCACCACCCGUCAUCCCCCCUUGGUGCCGCUGCUGGGGUAUUUCGUGUCGGCACCCUCAGAGGAAGCCGCGUCGGUAUCCCUGGACUCCGAGGCGGACAGUGUGUGGCUUGUGUAUCGCUGGGAGGGACUGAGGCCCCUCAACAUGUACUUGGGAGAUGUACGACCGCCCGAGGGAACACCGUCGUUUUUCAAGCGAAAGGAGGUGGCCGAGGCAGAGGCGUGGCGUGCUCGUCACUCCUGGCUGCGAGCCGUGUCUCGUGCUCUGCUGGGUGCCGUGGCGCACUGCCAUGGCGCGGGAGUGACCCACGGGUCGAUCUCUAGCGGCACCGUGUUUUUGAGCUCCACUCGGGAUGAGGACGCGGAAUCGCUGUUCGUAAAACUGGACAACUUUGGAUUCGGUCGCCUAGACCCCGGGGGCCCUCUGGGUCUGGCCACUCCACAGUUGCCUAAUUUGGACAUUGACAGCACCUCAAGGAAUGAGGGCCGAAAACAUGACCUGCAGAUGGAACAGUCGGGUCCGAGAGCCCUUCUGCAGUAUUUAUUCCUCUUCUGUCACUGCUUUCUGCGGCAGUGUUUAGGUCUUUGUAUGGCAACCGCCCUGACUCUCCUGGAAGCCUAUUCCGCCGCCACCGCCACCUCCCCCUCCGGCGCCCUGGCGCGCACCUCGCUGACUAGGCUGCUGUUUGAAAUCUACUGGGACGACAUGGCGGCGUUUCGACAGUAUUGUGCAGAUGAUCCGCCAUUGAGUCGUCUGGUGGCCUUUCUGGACGAGGGCGACCGGGGAGGCUGGGACUUCGUCGCGCAGCUGGUUCGAGGCAAUCGGGGCGCUUCUGAGCUGCUGUUGCACCCGUUCCUGCAGCUGUUGUGA